GCCAGCGAUCGCAACUUACUUGAAUUGGUCAACAAGGCGGAUUCACGUACUGGAUAUCAGACUGAUCGAUUUGUAUACCGCGUAUUCACUUGACAGGAGUUGGCGGUGACGAGAUCCUUCGUGAGUUCCACUCGCGCAAGCCGCAGCUAUGACGAGCAUCGAUGAGCUCUUCAAGAAACCUUCAUCCGCAGCGAGUUCAAAGCGCAAGUUUGACGCCUCGAAAGACCCAAAUGAGCUCUAUAAAGCGGCUAAGCUGGACGCGGGUGGAGAUGUUAAAUCAAAAGGGAAGGUGGCGAUGGUAGAAGAAGAAGAAGAAGAAGAAGAAGGCGACGCAGAGGACGACUAUGCCGGCCCAGAAUUACCCCCGGAUUUCGAGGCCGAAGAUGUUCCCGACGACGAAGAAGGCCGCUUUUUCGGCGGUGGUAUGGAGCGCCAGACCGCUCAGGCUAUGCAAUACAUUGACCAGCAUGAAGAGGAAGAGACAUCGCUGGAGAAAUUCGACCUUGCCUGGGUGCGACGAUUCGCCCUGAAUUUCGAGAAGAAGAUAUCCAAGAAUGCCGAGCUUCGCGGUAAAUUCGAGAAUGAUCCCCAAAAGUUCAUGGCUUCGGAAGCGGACCUCGAUACUGAGAUCAAGGGCCUAUCGAUUCUCUCCGAGCACCCCGAACUGUUCGAUGAAUUCGCAAAGUUGGGCUGCGUUGGCUCACUUGUAUCCUUACUCUCCCAUGAAAAUGCCGACAUUGCGAUCGAUGCCAUCCAAAUCAUUGGGGAACUGACCGACGAAGAUGUGGAAGCUGAGCAGGAGCAAUGGGACACACUUGUCAACGCUAUGAUGGAUGCCGAUCUCAUUGAACUACUAGCGCAAAAUCUGUCUAGGCUAGACGAAGAAUCCGAGGUUGACAGAGCAGGAGUAUACUACGUGCUAAAUGUUCUUGAAAACCUCGCUUCGCAAGCGUCAAUUGCCGAGAAGAUAGGAAAGGACCCCAAUGUUCUGCCUUGGCUCAUAUCUCGUAUUCAGAAAAAGGAAAGGCCCGUGAGCCAGAACCAACAAUAUUCGGCUGAGAUUCUGGCAAUCUUACUUCAAUCUACAGCCAAGAAUCGCGACAGGUUCGUGAGAUUGGACGGCGUCGAGGUUCUUCUCCAAUUACUUAGCCAAUAUCGCAAGCGUGAUCCGGAGAAAGAUUCUGACGAGGAGGAAUACGUCGAGAAUCUGUUUGACUGUUUGAUUUGCGUCGUUGAUGAGGAAUCUGGCAAGGAAAAAUUCUUGCAAAGUGAAGGGAUUGAACUCGCUCAGAUUAUGCUGAAAGAAGGGAAGUUCAGUAAACAGAGAGCUUUACGAGUCUUGGAUCAUGCUCUAGGUGGUGCAGCCGGUGCAAGUGCAUGCGAGAGGUUCAUUGAAGCAGCAUGUUUGAGUACUGUGUUUGGCAUGUUCAAGCGCAAGCAAGAGAACCAGACGGUCGAACAUUUACUGGGCAUUUUUGCUUCUCUCCUGCGCCUGUUACCUGGAGGGUCCGCGCCGCGUAUCCGUACCCUUGCCAAGUUCAUGGAGAAGGACUAUGAAAAGAUCGAGAAACUCGUUAAGCUACGACGGGAUUAUGCCUCGAGAGUAUCCCCCGUCGAGCAAGCGAUUGAGAAGGAACGGAAAAGCUUCACACCAGAGGAACAGGAGGUCAUGGCCAGCGAAUGGUUAUCCCGGCGGUUUGACGCUGGGCUGUUUUCGCUUCAGCUCAUUGACGUGAUACUGGCUUGGCUUGUGGCCGAAGAUGAUGGGGCCAAGAGGAAGAUUGUUUCCCUUCUCGCAGACCGGGAUGAGGAUUUGUCCUCGAUCAAGGCAACCUUACAAGAGCAAGUAGAAGGUCUUUCGGAGGAAGAUCCGGGGCAAAAGGAUCAUAAGGAGAUGCUGGAGACGCUUCUACAGUUUGUAUGAUGGGAUACGGAAGGCCAAGUUUGGUAUAGCUGCUAGCAAACCAUGAGCAUUCACCCAAGGUGCAUAAGCAUAGGAAGCACAGGUUGAGUUGAUCGAGGGUGAGGUCAUUG